GCAACAUUUACGACAACUGUCACCUGCUGUGCGCUCUGUCACUUACCAGGGAUGACAACGAUAAAGCAAACGCGUAGAACGACUUUUUCAUCUCUGGGUAUUUUCUGGGCUCGCAGUAAUUUCGGCGUCCUCCAUGUUUCCUGUAUGUUUGGUUCUAGUUAAAGCUUUCACAUUCACAGACAGAUGCAGUGUUUAGAAAACACACAUUAUUUCAGAAAACGAAAAGUAAAUUAAAAAUGAUACUGUUUGAAUAAAUAUUAAAAUUGUCAUUCGAAUAUGCCUUUCAAUCAUAUGAAUGUAACUAUGUUUAUGUUAUUUUCUUUUUGUUGACGUAUAACAAAAAGAAGUGAUCCCUUAGUCGCAUCUCUAGGCGUUCGGUGUAAACUACACAGAGUUUUGUGUAACAAUCGUAAUCCUGAAUCAAUUACGUGAAGAUUAGAUUCACUAGGCUAAGCAUAAAAAACUAAACUUAAAAUAACUAAACAAUAUUCAAUGUUUGCCUAUUCUUAUAAUGUUUGGUAGAAGGCGAUAAAAAUAUAACAGUCUUGAUGGUAAAAGAUCCUUGAAAAGCAUUAAACAAAGAUCUCAAACACCUUCUGAUAAGCCAUCUUGGUUACUUUAAAAUCAAAUUUUGAACGAGUGUACUACGAGUUUCGCCGUUCAACCUGUCAAGCAUGUUCAAAGCUAAGCCUGUUCAAAAGUUUUCUUGUUUCUUCAAACGAGCCAUGUCCCGUACUUCAGUAAGGAAGACUGAAAGGAUUUUGGGUCAACCUUCGCAGAAACUGUGAAGAGCAGCUUAGGAAAACUUGUGAUACGCAACAUAUUAUUUUUAUUUUCUCUCUAGUUUCUACUCUAUUUAUAAAACUGCAUAAGCAAAUCGUGAUAGAUCACUUUCAAUAAAGUGAGAAUUCUAUAUCACUUCUCGUAGGGCUCUCAUCCCACACGCGUGUCAAAAUGAACUUUGUUUUAUUUAAAAGUAAAACUUCUUGUCCCUCUUAGAAUUUGUGAUAAAAAAAAACUCGAUACAACAUAUGAAAUGAUGUAUUCAAACUUUAAACGAAUCGGUGCAACCCAUGCGCCAGGGCCAAAUUGUUAUGUCCAACUGUCAGUUUUGGUUGCUCAUAUGUUGACGUAGAUGGUGCUUAGCCAGCAUUGUAUCCUUUUUGUCGAAUUCUACCUGUCUUGCUUGGUUGGCGAUGCGAAAGAUGCGAAGUUUCGGUUAAUUAAAUGGAUAUGUCUUUCUCGCUCAAUUGAAGGUGAUCGACACGCCAAAGUCGCGGUAACUGUAGACAAAAAAUAGCAAACACAAACACUCGUACAUUCGCAAAAAAAACGGCUGUACCAAGUCUCAACCUGAAUUGUUCGAACUGAAUCGCCGAAUCAAAUUGCCAUAAACAACCGUGAUACAGACAUUACUUUGCCUCGAGCAACUUCUCGACGACAUGAGACAACCCGUGUAGCGAAUUACUUGUUGUACGUACAGGUAGUCUGCGAUUUCUUCGUGGUCGCUUUUUUCCUUUGCAGCUCCUUAUCGGGAUGUCGCGAUCAGGAUCUUGUGUCACCGGCCCUACUCCAAUAAAUGUCGCUCAAUGGUGGAAUUGAUUGAACAAUUCUACAAUUGUCAGUUGCAUUGUAGGACAUCGGGAUAUCGAAUUGACGUUGUAUUGGUGAGUGAUUGCAAUGGAAGGAAGAGGGUUUCUGCCAUCAAUGAAUAAAAUAACGACGCCGUGAGGAUCCCAUGACUCCGAUCACCAGUGAUGUUCCGUGGGAGGUUUGGGCUGAAUUGGCGCAUGUUUGGUUGGUUUGUUUCUCUCUUUUGCUACUCGAACAUGUGAGCAAUGAAUAAUGCAUUCUUGGUUGAGACCGUGCUUAACGAUAUAAUGUAAUGCACCAUAUCAAUAGGAUCAAUAGCAUAUUUACUAAACGUGUGAAUGCUGUGAAGAGUUUAACAAUCAAUACGAAGUAGCCAAAAAUGCCUAAAGUAGAACGAAUAAUUAUAUUCACAGUACAACCUUUUCUGUUAUGAGCAUUUCACAAGCCCAAGUUUGAUUUAAUUAAGUCAAAUUUAUAAUUUUUCAAUUCUAAACUCUUCAUUUCAAACCAGCGACAUUUACUGAAAUCCAUACAGUUCGAUUGAGGGAAUCGCAUCAAGACCCAUGUAUUACUUGAAGUAUGAAUAAAAAAACAAAGAAUCUUACAACAACCUACAACGGGAAGGAGAAUUUUCUAUUGUACUCAUACACUCACACUUCCAACUACUCGGAGCAUAGAUACGCAUACUUCGAAUAAUCUUCUCUGUUUACAACCACUUGCAAUACCGUUAAAAGCAUAGGAAGUUGAAGAGAUGAUUUAUGGCACUCAAUACUGAAGGUGGCGUUUUCUGGUUUGGGUGAAGUGAAUAUAAUACUAGGCAACAAGAACAGACGCGCCGGAAAUAUGCGGGGAAACGUUGUCAGAGGAGCUCUUGUUCCGAGCUAGGUUGGCCAGAAAUGCGAUGGGUUUUCUGUACAUGAGACGACCAAAUAUCUUCGUGGAGAAUCGUUAGAAGAUUUGGAAAACUUUGAAGCAAUGUUACUUUAAUGAAAGGAAUACGUUUAAGCAUGCAAAGAUGUCUAAUAGAAACUAUUGGCGCGAAAUGAACGAUCAAAUGAAAAUAAGUUGAAACACGCUAAACAGUAGAAGCUCUGAGGAACAAUUUGGUAAUUUGCUUUCUGCAACAGUACGAGUUUCAGGAUAAUUUUCUUUUGGCAAAAAUAAAAUCAUUAUCACUAGUUGUCAGCAACCUUAUACAUCAUCGUUGCCACAUAUAUCCUCUCCAGACCCAAGGUUAUCAAUUUACAACCACCAAAAAUUCUCUUAUAAUUCCAAUAGGAGAAAUGGGAGAAAAUUUCUGUUUGCGAAUCAUUUUUGAAAUCAUCUUCUCGCUUUCGAUUGGAAAAAAGAGAACAGCGAGAAUGCGCAACGUUCCUCGUGGAAGCUGAUUGUUACCUGGGAAAAAGGAUCUACCCAAGAUAUUGUACUUCUAGACGUGAUAGCAGUACUACGUAUGUACGGUCCACAGCCAUUGUAGAUUCUUUCUCCUACGCUUUCAUUACAUGGCGCACUCGAAGUAAGGAGAAAACGAUGCUCAACAAUUUAUGUAGGAAGGGAAGGUUUCAGAGAACAGUGUGCACAGAUGCAAGAGAAUAUAGUAAAAAUUGAGUACAAUCGCGGCCAGUCUGACGAUUUAUGGUUUGUUAUUGUUGUUCUCUCUUUCAAGCUUCCGUUUUCUGUCCCAAAAGGUAAAUAAAGACGGCUUGGAAAGGUUCCGAAUCGGUCUAAAUACUGCACGAGCCAUACCACCCUACAUAAAGCACAAUCAAAUGGAAAUAUUUGUUGAUAACAUCUCAUGUUAUUAAAAUAUUGGGUAAUCAGCUAGCACAAUUUUUAAUGAAAAUACAAGCGUUCCUUCAAAUUCAAUACCGUUGCAGACAAAUUAGCAACAUGCUGCAGGACACAAAUCUGUUAAAAAUGGAGAAAAAACAUUGCACAAGUCGGUCAGGUUGUAUGGGUUCUUUAAAGUAAUAGCCAAUUUGGCAUUACUUUCGCACGACUGUUUCUAACUUAACUAAGCUCCGACUGUACCAUCGUCUUGCUGUAUGUGUUACAGACAGCAUCCUUUGCGAACUCUGCGAUUGCAGAGAGUGUGCAGAAAGUUUCGAGCUGCAGAAUCUGUGCGAGAGGCGAUAUGUUCGCUCCCAUUAGCUUUAGAGAUUCAUGGGUUGUAGGUUGUCCUCGGAGCGAUCUAGUAUGAAAUUGUACAUCUUUUACAAGUUGUCAGCAGCAUUCUUCAAAGUCGUGCCUUGGUGGUCGGAUGUUUUAUAAACGGUCGGCAAAAUAUUCGUGCUCUUGUGCGUCCUAGUUAAGCUCGUAUCGUGGCUACCGCGAUUUACUCGUGUAUGAAGAAAUUGUAGUUAACUAUUUCCAUUCAUUCUACAAUGAUGAUGCUCCGUACAGUACUUAAAAUGUAGCAACGGAAAUUACAUAUCUUGACACAUACUACACUUAACAUGGAGUUGCUCAAUUUUUGAAAGUCAAUGUGUUAGAUUGUUCGUUCGUUCGAAAAAAGUCGAUACACCAAAGUUAUUAUUUUCUGCAAGUAAUUAUCGAAUAUAGUUUCUGCUGACAAAAGUAAUCUCCAUUUUGUUAGUUUUUUUUUAUUUGCUUCAAUGUUUUGUUGCUGAUUUGGAACACCAUGAUUCUGUCGCUAAUGGGAAUGUAUUCGAAAGGUAUGCGUUCAACGUAACAAGCAGGUAAUCACAACAGCCCGCAAUGGUCUUCACUAACAACCUAUUUUUGUUUUACACCAACAGUUUACAACCCCGUAACAGCUACAUGUUUUUCAGUGGUAGUGCGUUUCGAUUAAUUUUAUAUCUUUAUUUUCGGUGGUGGUGGUUCGUUUCAUGCGAAAAUUAAAAUAUAGACCCAAGUUUUUCGUGUUUUCAAAUGUUGCUGUGAAAAAAAAAAACAAAACAAAUCUACGUACUAAACAUUCGUUAAAGUACUGAUGGCAUAUCGUCGAUAAUCGUUUAAGAAUUAAUAACUGCGUACACAAUGAAGUGGACAGUAACUAUACAAAGUGGAUUUAGAUUGUGUGAUAAAACAUUUCAUGGUAAUUGGAACGAAAGAAUGAGGCGCCAAUUUCCGACAACGUGGAUGACUAAUCUCAAUUGUAUCUAUGAAGUGAAGUUAAGAGUACCUUUCAUUUCGUCACCUCGGAAGGAUAUAAACAAACAGAACUCAACAGCCCGUGAAACAGCUUUUACAUAGUAGUAUGCAAUAUUUGUGUUUGGAUGAGCUGACUUGAAUUUGUGCUUGGAAGCUUGAGUUUCGAUUUUCGUCAACUGUACUUUUGUUUUGCCGCUCGCCUACUACCCUUUAGCUACAGCGCCAAACAGCUUCGUCAUUUGGCAGACACAUAGGAAAAAUAGCAAGGAAACCAAAGCUAAAACAUUAUUCGCCAAACCGAAAGAAUCUGCUGCUGCAGUUCACCAUCGAAGGUCAACCGAUCAACCGUUCAUGCUCUGAUAAUCCCUAUUCGUAUUUGCAUUGCAUUUCGGAAGCUCUUUGAAAGAGUCGUUGUAUACUAAUUUCGUAACACGUAACAUCACCCUUUGGCACGUGCAUAAACAUUACGAUACCUUUAAUCUGUCGCGACUCGUACUCAACUCUAAGUGCUCUUGACGAUCGCGUAUUGAUACUUCAGUCUUAUGGUCGAAACAUCGCUAACACCAUUCAAUAAACAACGUUGGUGAUAACAUCCACAAUCCAUCAGUAGUAGCCCGUUCUUUCUUAGAUCGCGCCACAGGUAGUAAGGCGUUUGUGCGACAGGAUUCCGUGGUUCCCUAAGCCAAAACGACGGCUGUAGCUGCACACUUUUAUGUGAUAUAUUCUUGUAUAUUUAUGCUACCAAUCGGCGCGAGAGACGGAAGCAACACAUCCAAUUCCACACAAAAUAAUUGAAUGUAUGAUAAUCAUCUCUUGAAGCCAGAACAAACACUGCUGGUAUAGCCAACGAAGCUAAUCUGUUUGGCCAACUCAUUGUAUUUGUCAUAUUCGCUUGCAAGCUUCUAUAGAUCAGUUAGAUCAAUCCAAAGACAAAAGCUAACCAUUCACCAUGACUAUGAGUACAAAUAACUGUGAAAGCAUGACAUCAUACUUCACCAAUUCCUAUAUGAACUCAGACAUGCACGGCCACUACCCGGGGACGGGUGUGGACGGACUGGACACGAGUCAACAGAUGUACAACCAUCAUAACCAAACCCACGCGAACCAGGCAAAUAUGCCACCAUAUCCGCGGUUUCCUCCGUACGAUCGGAUGGGUUACUAUCAGCAGACGAUGGACCCGGCCGGGUACGCGCGGGCAGAUAGUCCAUCGAGUCAGGUGGGUGGCGUGAUACCUCCUCAGACGAACGGCAAUCCCUUACAGCAGACGCAAGUACAACCCCAACAACAGCAACCCAUCGUUUAUGCGAGCUGUAAAUUGCAGGCUGCGGUUGGCAAUGGGCCGCCUGGGCUUGGUACGUACGGAACAGAAAAUGGGUCUCCUCCGCUGGAGCAGAUGGGGCAUCACAUGGGCACAGCACAAAUGACAAUACCUCAACAUCAUAUGGGCCAUUCGCAAGGACAGGAUUGUUAUCCCGAACAAGUACAUCAAAAUCCACAGCAUAUGGGAAUGUAUACGAACGCUGGGGGAGGUCCGCCGGGUGUUCCUCAGCAACCGCCAAAUAUGAUGCAUCAGCAACCUCCUCAGCUACACCAAGGACAACAAGCUCCGCCAAACAGUCAGAACGCUAGCUCCGGUCUCCAGUCACCGCUGUACCCUUGGAUGAGGAGUCAAUUUGAGCGGAAGCGUGGGCGCCAGACAUACACGCGUUAUCAAACGUUGGAGCUGGAGAAAGAGUUUCACUUCAAUCGCUACCUAACGCGACGACGAAGGAUUGAAAUCGCCCAUGCACUGUGUUUGACUGAACGUCAAAUCAAGAUCUGGUUUCAGAACCGACGGAUGAAGUGGAAAAAAGAGAACAAAACCAAAGGUGAACCUGGUUCGGGUGAUGAGAAUGAUAUGACACCACCGCAGUCUCCGGCAUAAGACCCACACCGUCUCGAGAAUCGAGCAUCCUUUAAUGCUGUAGUAAUUACUUCCCCGCAAAACCGAACACAACUUCGGGGUACCGUGUGUCCACGUGCUAGCAGAUUCUAGAACUCGAGUUCCUGCAUUAUUGAAUUAACGAUCAAGGAUCAAACAUUUAAGUCUUCACAGUGGCAUGGACUUAGAAUGGUGUGUGUUUUCUGUGUGCAUAAAUAUUCUUUCAUUGCUAUUUCGUUAGUUGAACUUCAUUACGGAUACUUUAUUGAGCAAUCGUUUACAUUACCCUAUGUGGCUAUGGUUUCGUCAUUCAAAACCUAUCUGAAACAUUUACAAUCUUGUUGUACUAGCGAAUGUAAGCAUCACAUAAAGUAAUCCAACAUUGGAGCGCAUGUGGCGAUCAAUCAAUUGUAUUUGAAGCAGACAAAACUAAUUAGAAAUGUCAAGCAGCGAUGUAACAAAAACAACUUAUGUGACCUCAAACUUAAUUUUAAAGACAAAAAUACUGAACAUAAGGAUUGAUUCCCAAAAGUAAAGAAGUAAAAUGGUCUGCGGGCCGUUAUAAUGCUACUUAGAAGUAAAACUAAAACUGUUACAAGUAGGGUGUACACAUUUCAAAGGAACUGUGUGCAUAUGGCAAAAGCAGUCUGCAAAUGGACACUAGUUUUGCACACCAUAGAGUUUGCUUUCAAGAUGAUGUUUAAAUUAAAUCGAUGCGCGUAGAAAACCGUCUCGCAGGGAUGUGCAAAGAAUGAUCGAACUAGAGAAUAAAAACAAAGCAAAUACGAUUGGGUUAAAUCAUAUAAAUGUACAAAAUUUGCGCUAAGGACAGCAACCACUUCUCUAAGAGAGAUGCAGUUUUCUGUUUUGUUUUGUUUUUUAUCCGCAAGAUGCAAUUUGCAAAAAAAAAAGUAAUCAAACAAAACAAGCCACAAAUAUAUACAAUUUUCCGAUAAUGUUUGAGAAUGACAAUUGUAAAAUACGUAAAAUUUGUAUCCCGAAGAAAUGGAAAAAACACACAAACCAAAUCUCAUUUUCCGAAACAAAAACGAUUGGGCGAUCGUGUGAAAGAUGCACUCUAUACCUGUUAUUUCUUUUUGGUGUGUAUCGCCAGCUGAUACCAGUAUCGUAUCGGUUUAAGUAAAAAGAUUCAUAUUCAGGAUAUUCGUUACAGAAUUUCAUGAACAUGUUCCUCAAUUUAAAGAUCAAAUCAUCUAGGUCAGGGGUCGGCAGAGUUUCACUAAAAAGGGACAGGCAGUAAAAAAUUGCUUGAAACUACGGGCCAAAUACUUGAAAUCAAUGUUGAAACAUGUGGAAAUUGGGUGUCUUGCGGGCCGAAUCAAAUCGUCUAGCGGGCCGGAUUUGGCCCGCAGGCCGGACUCUGCCGACCCCUGAUCUAGGUUGAUGAACAUAAAAAAAAUCUAACACAACCAAUAGGUGAUCAGGAAGGUAUAAAGUGUUAUCAUUCUCCGAAUCAAACAUCUUUGAUGGAAGUGCUGAAAGUUGAACUGUUUGUUUCAAAAUACUUAAGGAAUAUGUUGUUUGUUUUCUCGCGAGAUACAUGAUUUUUCCGCAAAUUGAAUAGAAGAGAAAUAGAAAAUGUCCACACAUUUCAAAGCAAGAAGCACCCAAACCGAACUCAUGCCAAAGUCAAUAGUAUAAUGUUGUUUUGUAAGCUCAUUUUAUCCUCCACAUCAUAGUUUUCAUUGUAGUUAACAACCAUUGACGCGUCCCUUUCUGUGUAAACUGUACGAUAGUUUUGCAACAACGUUCAUUUUAUUGUUUAGUUUCAUUGAUCGUGUUAUUGUUAUUGUUUCCGAUAGCGAGAUCUACCAAGUGUGGAUCGUAAUUUAUUAUUCUGCUUAUUCAACUCCUUUUCCCAACAACAAUAAUCGCUAAGGCCUACACAGUGACAGUGGCAAGUAGAGAGAGUUCAUUUCAUAGAGUUGCGAAUCACACAUCCGAUUCGAUCGUCCGCAGUGACAUAAGUACGAGCUCCCAGUGGAAAAAAAAACAAAAUAGUUUAGGUAAAUAGAAUCUGGUCAAUACUCCUCCUACGAGGUGAAGGUGCAUCACUUGAUGAAUGCACAAGUUAAUAAAAUAUUGCUAAUAAAGCGUGUCAUGGUAAAACACAAACACAAACAAACAAACAAACAAAACAAACAAACGCCAGUGACAACAAACGUACCACAGAAACGCGUGAACGUUGUAUACGAUUUUUUACAAAAAAUAAUCAGCCGCUAUUUAGAGGAUGUGAACAUUACACACAUACACAUUCGAUUACUCACGGAUAUUUUAUUCAAAUAAUUGCGUUAGCAAGAUCGAUAGUACGGUGCGUAUGGUACUUGUAUCCGCAGGUACAAAUACGAGAAGAAUUUCUUUUGUUGUGAUAUUAUGGAUUGUAAAACACUUUGGUAGCUUUCUGGUCAAGCAGCAGAAUUACUAAGGAAGCCAUUGGUUGGAAUACCCGUUGACACACAAAGGUAAACUCUUUGUAAUCAAUAAUUUAUCGAACGAUUAGAACAUCCAGGAAACUAUUUCCACACAACCGAAAAUACGUAAUACGAUGAUACACAUUGGAUGUAGCAGAAGCAGAAGUGGAUGCAAAAUGAAUGAUAGUAACUUAUAAAUACAUUUGUCUAAGCUACGUAAGAUUUGAUGGGAUAUAAUUUGAGAUAGUGGAAACGUGUCGAUGCGAGAAACACACAAAAAACCUAUACAACUAAACCGAAACCGUUAGCCUUUAAGGGACAGUGUAAUUAUAAAAUUUAAACAAAAAAUGGUACAGUGAGCUGCUGAUUGGCCGGGACAAAAUCUAGCGAAAGGCAAGUGUUUUGCGAAAGGUUUAUUUUAUUGUUUGUCAGAUGAACUAUCACUCUAAGCGCACAAGUGACGAGAUAAUGGUGGUAGCACCUUCUCAUAGAAAUAUUUAAACAUGGCAGAAAUCACAAAUCCCUACAGAACAACUUUUGAAUAUAUCUGUAAAAAGAGGCAAAGGUGCGGAAGGAUGUUACAAAGUCCACCAAAUUAUUUUUCCUCGGUACUGGAGGGAGCAGCUGCCACGUUUAUCUCUGGAACAGACGUAGGAAGAAAGCUGUAGGUGUGCCGUACGUAAUGAGAUGUGCGUAAUAUUAUAUGGUUUAGCAUAAGAAGCAAAGACAGCAAGCCUGCGAAGUAGGAAUGUCGGUAAUACAGUUAUUGCUGGCACAAAUGGACAACCGAUUAGAAGUUCGCGCAAAACUUCAACGGUGACAAUUCAAAAUACAAUGAAACGGUAACUGCAGAUGUAUGUCCCAAAUCGUGAUUCCGAAGAACUUUAUCACGUGAAACAAGUGAAACAAAGAGCAAACCAACAAAUAUGUAACUAAAUUUGUACAUACAGCUAAGGACAAGAAGACAGAAAGUAAUAAAUGAGAAAAACAAAAACCCAA